AUGACCAACCACUCAGUGGUAAUGGAAUUCUACCUUAUGGAGUUCUCCAACACCAGGGAACUCUGGGUCCUGCAUGCCUUUGUAUUUCUGAUAAUUUACUUGGAGACCAUCAUGGGGAAUCUUCUCAUCAUCAUCCUUGUCACUCUGGAUCAGAGUCUUCAUACCCCCAUGUACUUCUUCCUCCAGAACUUAUCUUUUCUUGAUUCUUGCCUCAUUUCAAUCACAGUCCCUAAAUUUAUUCUGAAUUCUUUAUCCCAUAAGAGCACAAUUUCUUUGUCAGGAUGUGUGUUGCAGGUCUUAUUGGUGAUUCACUUUGCUGGAUCUGAACUUUUCCUCCUCUCAGCUAUGUCCUAUGAUCGAUAUGUGGCCAUCUGUCAUCCUCUGCAUUAUGAGAUCAUAAUGAACAGGGGCUUCUGUGUGCAGAUGGCAGCUGCUUCCUGGUUUGCUGGGAGCAUUUUUGGGGUUCUUUACUCAGCUGGAACUUUCUCUCUGUCUUUCUGUGGAUCUAGGAAACUCCCACAUUUUUUUUGUGAUGUCCCAUCUCUUUUGAAGAUUUCUUGUUCUAAGAAGCAUAUUAUCAUUAAUGUCAGUGUAUCAAUCGGGGUCCUGUAUGCACUUUUAUGCUUAAUUUGUAUUGUUUUUUCAUACAUUUGCAUUUUCAAUAUAGUGCUGAGAAUGCCAUCAUUUCAAGGCAGGUCAAAAGCCUUCUCCACUUGCUUGCCCCAUCUGGUAGUUGUGACCACAUUUUUUAUGACAGGUGUCAUUGCCUAUUUGAAACCUGUCCCUGACUCCCCAGAUCUUCUUGAUUUUGUUAUGUCUGUUUUCUAUUGUGUUGUGCCUCCAUCAUUGAAUCCUAUAAUAUAUAGUUUAAGAAACAAGGAAAUCAAAGUAGCUUUAUGUAAGAUUCUUUGGAAACUAAGCCACUAUAAAUUCCAUGUGAAAAAAUAA